AUGCUUUUGGGCCCCUACGGCACACUUCAUCGCCUGACGCAGCAGUUUAUGGACGUCUGCCUCAUGCAGAGUGGCCGCGUGGCGGAUCGUAUGACGGGACUCUGGCAACGCCUCACAAAGUCGGCAAUUGAGGAAAACAAAUUUGCUGCUUCAGCUUGCAUGACCAAACUCAACGCGGCAUUUGUGGAUGAAUGGGAAUCCUGCGUGCUGUAUGGGCGCGACACUCUGCAGGUACAACUUGCGCUUGCAGUUCGGGAUGACGCUGAGGUCGGGGCCGACGCCUUUCUGGCGGCAAACGAAGAGGAGGAAGGCAGUGGUGCUGGUGGAAGUAUGCUGUUUCAAGACACGGCCUUUCGAAGACGCACGCUGGAGCCUGUAUCACCGCAAAGGGCGGAAGAAGAGGCGGAGCAGGAACAACAAGAUGACGCGGAAAGGGGCCGAGUGGGAGAGGAUGCAGUUUCGCUUCCAGAUAACCCGUUUGAUUUCAUCUCCCAGCUCACCAUGGUCUACAGCACGCCAUGUGAGGGGUUUUGGCUCCUGCCAAAAAAUGCCGUUGCUGUGUACGGGGAUUUGUUCAGCACAUUGCUUUUCUGGACCUCUGUGACGCAACUUGUGACGCGUGUGUGGCAUGUCGGGAUUAAUUCAGACGUGCCCGAAGCCUUCUUCUUUUGCAACAUCUCCCGCACCGUGCUGAGUGCCGUGGCACAACACAUGUGGUUCCUUAUUGCUGGUUUUGCCCGUGAGUAUCGUCAGGGACUGCGCUUUGAGUCCGGUGUUCUCUACUCAUAUCGUCAGCUGGAGCGUUUCACGACGGAUCAUGCGACAUUUCUCGAGCAGUGCCGCUUUGCCGCAAUGCUGACCCCCACCUUUGCCCGUGCCCGGCGGCAGGUAUACGGAAUGGUGCGGCAGCUGGAAGAGGUGGAGCAGUGCCUGCUGCGCGCAAGCGAGGAGAACGCGGCGGAUGCAGCCACACUUCGUUCUGUUUCCAUUGGCAGCACGGACAGCAAAGCAACAGAUGUGGCGGCCGCCCGCGCCCUUGUCAGUGGUGUUGGGGGCAAGGGAACGAAGGGCAAGAAGAGGGCGAGGACGUCUGAAGAGGAACUUGGGGCAGGCGGCGGCGCUGCAGGUCAUGGCCUCACGCUCCGAAGGACAGCGUCGCACUCACAGACAUCCAUGGCAUCGCCCUCUGACGUGCCCUUCAGCGGGCAGCGCAAUCCUCGCGGAAGCUUGAGGGAGCGGCGGCGGCAGCAACUGGAGGAUGACGUGGCGCGGAGAAUGGAGGCGCGACGACGUACUGUGCGAGAUCACGUGCGCCGUCGUCUACGCUCCUUCGCCGGGCUAACGGAGAUCUUCGUGGGGCACCUCACUGACGUGCGGGACAGCGCCGCUGAGGACGCCGAGGUGCCGUUCCUUUCGCAGGACGAAGAACUCGCGGAGGAGGCGUCACCGCGGGGUACGGCCCGCAACACGGCCCGCGCCCCCGCGUUGUCCUCGCUUAUUCGCACCUUGGAGAUGAUACAAGCUGCCAUUUGUGUCAAAUUGUGA